AUGGAGGAUGCAGCCAAGUAUGCAUGCAAAUGCAACGACAUUACAACUGUCGCUCAGCUAUACGUGGAGGAGAGAAAGUACAACUACUACUUUAACCAAAAAUUGCCAAAAACUGCCGAAGUGGUUCGGGGCAAAGAUCUCACUCUCGAAUGCUCUGUCUCCGAUCCCCGUGCUCCCGUCUCGUGGUAUCACAAGGGCAACAAACUGGAGUAUGUUGCGGGAAAGAUUGAACUAAAGCGACGGGAGAACCGAUGUAUCUUGAAGAUAUGCCGAGCCAAACCAGAAGCCGAGGGAGAGUACUGUUGUAUGGUGGAAGGUGAUGAAACCUUCGUAGAUGUGGCCGUCGAAGAUCCAGACUGGUUCUUCAACCGCGAGCUCAAACAACAAAACGCGUUGGAGACAGAUCCAGUUGCUACUUUCGAAUGCGAGGUGUCUGAUCGCGAAGCCGAAGUUCAGUGGUUCAAAAAUGAUGAGCCAAUCGUUGCCAGUGACAAAUAUGAGAUUGUUUCGGAGUCCCGACUCAAAAGAAUCCUCAGAAUCAAGAACAUUGCCAUGGAUGACGAUGCUACGUAUACUUGCAAAGUUGCCAAGAAAACUACCUCAGCGCGACUGGUUGUCAAGCCGGACGUGGAGUUUAAGCAGAACCUCAUCGAUACGAAUGGAAUUGAGACCAAGAGUAAAGAAUUGGUCUGCAAAGCGUACAAUCCGAAGAAGUAUCCAGUCAAGUGGUAUAAAGACGGUGUGGAGAUCAAUUUCAACGACAGAGUUUCGACCAAAGAAGCCGAGGGGUCGCUAUUCCUCAUCAUCAAGUCACUUGUGAUGGAAGAUGAGGGCGUUUACUCCUGUCGCAUUGGUUCCCACGAGACCAAAGGUAGACUCGGGGUAACCGAGUGCGAGAAACCGCCGACAGUAGAUCUCGCCAAUUUCGAUGACUACCUUAAACUCAAAAAGGGUGCCAACUUUGCGGCGGCUAUACCCUUUAAAGGUUUCCCCGUGCCUACUAUAACUAUUCUGCGGAAUGGAGAGCCCCUACCCGAGAAUGUGAAGCUGAAGGCCGUCACCAGAAGCGGUAUGGUUAACAUGAAUCUGGACGAUGCUCAACGAGCAGACGCCGGCAACUACACACUUAAGUUGGCCAACAGUAUGGGUGAAGUAGAGGUGCCUUUCAAAAUCGAUGUCUACGAUCGUCCUAAACCUCCCAAGGCGCCAUUGGACGUCUGUGAGUUGUGUGCAACGAAAUGCACCCUCAUGUGGGAUCCUCCUGAAGAUGACGGUGGACGUCCAAUAACCCACUAUGAUGUUGAGGUGAUGGAUGCCACAGCAAAAGAGGACUGGAAACCACUGAAGAAGGUGAAGGAGUGUAAAUGCGAGGUCCCUUUGAAGGAGGGCAAUAAGUACAAAUUUCGAGUUCGAGCCGUAAACGAUCAAGGACCUUCAGACUACCUAGAGACAGAGAAGGAUACGCUUGCUCAUGAUAUUUGCGAUCCCCCAGAUCCACCUGGAAAUCUGGAGAUUGCUGAUUACGACGAGAAACACGUGGAUUUGAAGUGGGUAAAACCACGAAAGGAGAACGGAGCACCAGUCAAGAAUUACAUCAUCGAGGGCCGAAAGCAUCCUGAGGGAGCGUGGAUGACGCUGCAGGAGACCAAGGAGACAAAGGCCUCCGUGCCGUGGAAAGAGGGAGAGACUUAUGAAUUUCGUGUUAUGGCUGUUAACAAGGCGGGUAAAUCCGCGCCAUCCACUGCCACUGCGCCUAUUCUGGCGAAGCCUCGCUUGUUGAAACCGUGGAUUGACAAAUCAAGGAUCCAGGUCACCAAAUUGAAGGUUGGACAAACAUUCGAGCUGAACUUGCGCUACAGAGCGGAACCCGAUCCCGAAGUCAAGUGGUUUGCAGGUGAAACGCCCAUUGAAUCGAACACGGAGUAUCAGUUAAUCUUCAAUCAUCGCGACACCACAGUGAAGGUGACCGAUGCACAGAGGAAGCACACGCAGCUCUACAAAUUGGUUGUCUCCAACGAAGUCGGUUUUGAUGAGGCGACUCUUGAGGUGGUGGUGCUAGGCAAACCCAGCCGACCCACUGGUCCGCUGGAGGUCAGCGAUAUCACCAAAAAUUCCUGUGUUCUAAAGUGGAAACCGCCUACUGACGAUGGCGGUGAGCCUAUUCAAUAUUAUCUAGUGGAGAAGAUGGACAUGAAGAAAAACCGUUGGGAGAAGGUGGCAGAAGUUUCACGCGGAACGACCUGCUCAGUUUCCAAGUUGGCGGAAGGCAACAGUUACCUGUUCCGCGUCUCUGCGGUAUCCAGCCUAGGUACUGGUGAACCCUUGGAAGCCGAUGCAGAGAUUAUUGCAAAGAAUCCCUACGAUGAGCCGGAGGCUCCAGGCAAACCAGAAAUUGUGGACCAUGACAAAGACCGCAUAGAUCUCCGUUGGGAGUCUCCGGCCUUUGAUGGAGGUGCCCCUAUCAUCGGCUAUCAUGUGGAGAGGAAGGAGCUUAAGUCGAAUAGGUGGGUGAAGAUUACACUCAAACCAGUGCCGGAUACGGAAUACACAGAUGGGUCAGUGACGGCUGGUCGUGACUAUGAGUACCGCGUGAUUGCCGUCAAUAAGGCAGGCCCGAGUCCUCCCAGUGAACCAAGUGCUGUUGUCACGGCAAAGCCUAGUCGAGUAGUGGUUCGGUUACCUUCGUUAAAAAAAAUAAACAGGAUUUUUGAACCCCUAAUCUACAGUACCACUAGCAAAUGCAGCCCUUUGUCUGCCGGAACCCAAUCAACUUGUCAAACUGUCAAACUUGAUUUGUAUGGUCCGGGGCCUGGUCACUCCCUAAAAUCGGAUCAGAUGGUCGAAGUUAGUUUGAUGAAGGAUUACUGGAAGGCGGAAGAGGUGCCGAUUCGAUGGGAGGGAAAGCUGUUGCCCUUUCCCAUCACAGUGCAGACUCUCCACCUUCGUGUGGGCGUGGUGUACGUGCGUAGACAGGCUCCAAAACUGGACAAGAAUCGACUGCGCGAUCUGCUCGGUCCACGCAAUGAGAUACGGUUGCGGGUCGGUGAGCCGCUGAGCAUUCCUAUUCCCAUCAAGGGGGCGCCCAAACCCACUGUGACGUGGACUAAGGACGGCGGCACGGUGCCCCAGACUGCCAAAAUCACCGAUACUGAGGAGCUCACUGGAUUGGACAUUCCCUCUACGGUUCGUGGAGACAGUGGCAAGUACAAAGUUCACCUCAGCAAUGACUAUGGCGAGGAUGAGGCUGACAUCAGUGUCAUUGUCAUGGACAAACCAAAGCCACCCCGUGAUUUGGAAGUGUUUGAAGUAUUUGCCGAGCACUGCAUGCUGAAAUGGAAGCCGCCUGAAGAUGGCGGUGGUACACCAAUCACAGACUAUAUUGUUGAGAAAUGCAACGACGCCACGGGUAUCUGGGAGCCCGUAACUGGAAUCAUAAGAGACAAUCAAGUCUUAGUCAAGAGUUUGGAACCAAAUCAACUCUACCACUUUCGUGUCAAAGCUGUGAAUAAUAUUGGCGAAUCGGCUCCCGUCCAGACGAAGAACACGGUGCUCGCCAAGAAUCCCUAUGAUCCGCCAUCGGCGCCACAGGACUUUGAAAUUGUCUCCUACGACAAACGUUCUGUUUCCUUUGAGUGGAAACCACCCAAAUCCGAUGGAGGCAAUCCUAUUCAGGGCUAUCAGCUUGAGAAACGAUUACUCCCGAGAGGCGAUUGGAAAGUGGCUACGAACAAUCUCAUCCCGGGAAAUAAAGUAACCAUCUCCAACGUUGACGAGGGCAUGACCUACGAGUUUCGGGUUUGCGCUGUUAACGACGGUGGUCCUGGUGCUUACGCACAGCUAGACAAACCUCAUACAAUCAAGGACAUGAUCUUCCCACCGGGAAGCCCGAGUGAGUUGAAUGUGGACACCGUAAACAAGAACGGUGCAAAGUUGAGCUGGAAGCCUCCAAAAUUCGACGGUGGAGCGCCAGUCACAGGAUACGUGGUGGAAAAACAAAAUGAGAAGGGUGAUUGGAUCCCAGUGUUAGAGACUAAGCAGACCUCAGCCUUUGUGCCCAUGAAGGAAGGUGAGAUCGCUCAAUUCCGUGUGCGCGCCAUUAAUAAGGAGGGCCCCGGCGAACCCACCCGUCCCACAUCCGCUCUCACAGCUGAGAACAAACCCACCGCUCCGCAUAUUGCCACUCCUAACGACGGGGUUAUCGGUGGUCCUGGGACAGGUGUCGGUGGACUACAUGAUGUCACAAUUAAGGCUGGUCAAGAGCUGAGCUUGCCGGUAGCCUGGUUCGGCUACCCAAAACCGACAGCAAACUGGUUGUUAAAUGAUAAGCCCGUGAAGGCUGGUGAGAAUAACGUGGAGUUGCUGGGGGAAGGACCACCUAAGCCCUCAGAGAAUACUCCUACGGCAGUGCUAGAACAGGAGCCGGGAGGGACAUUUGUUCUCAAGGUGCCCAAGGCUCGUCGAGUCAACUCUGGUCGUUACCAAAUACGUAUUGUCAACGAUCAGGGCCAGGCUUCCUCUUCUUGUCAAGUCAAUGUCAUCGACGUUCCUGGAGCACCUACUGGACCUCUGGAGGCAGUGGACGUCAAGGCAGACGAGAUCACGCUUCAAUGGAAGCCGCCAGAAGAUGAUGGUGGUGAACCAGUCACGAAUUACAUUCUUGAAAAACGUCUCAAGGGCUCAGACAGCUGGCAAAAAGUCAGCGGGUUUUUGAAAUCCUCCACGGCGACUGUACAUGGUCUGGAGGUCGGCAAAGACUAUGAAUUCAGAGUAAUGGCGGAGAAUGUUAUUGGCACAAGCGAACCACUUCAAACCACAACAGCUAUCAAAGCCAAGCAUCCUUACGAUCCACCCUCCGGCAUGGAGAAACCGAACAUUGAAGACACAACAGAAACCUCCGUUACACUUUCCUGGAAUCCUCCAAGAAAGGGCCCAGUAACUGGCUACGUCGUUGAGAAGCGCCCAAAAGGCGAAAAGACAUGGACAAAGGCUAAUACUGGACCUGUCACUGGAACCUCAUAUACAGUGAAGAAUUUACCCACUGGAAAGGAGUUUCAAUUUCGCAUUAUUCCAGUCAACUUGGCCGGAGAAGGCGAGCCUAGCGAACCCACUGAAAAUGUCAAGGUUCAGAAUCCGCCGACUGCUCCGAAGAUCAGCAAAAACAUCAUGAAUAACAUCAACGCAGUGGUGGAUAAACCCUUCAAGAUGCAUAUACCCUACUCCGGCACACCGCCUGACAAUAUUGAGGUCAAAAAAGACGGCAAACCAAUUCCAAUCCCCAGCGGUCGCUUCAUGUUUGAAGUGACUCCUGACGAGGUGAUUAUAGUGGACACGAAAGCAGAGAAGGAUGACGCAGGUCGCUAUGUGGUUGGACUGACCAACGAGCAGGGCAAAGAUGAGGUGCCCAUUCAGGUCAACGUUCGUGGUCCCCCCUCUGCUCCUGUUGGACCUCUGGAGGUUACCGACAUUCGUGCCGAGAGCUGCACUCUCACCUGGAGUCCACCACUUGCAAGUCGUGAUUCUUUCAACAUUAACUUUAUGGAUAAUGGUGGAUCGCCGAUCACAAAUUACGUGGUCGAGAAACAGGAGGGUAGCAGUGGUGAAUGGACACCUGUCAGUAAUUUCGUUCGUACACCGCAUUGGGAUGUGACCGAUCUCACUCCGGGCAAGCAAUAUCGCUUUCGAGUUCGAGCAGCCAAUGAGUUUGGUCCUGGUGAACCUUUGGAGGUGACAAAGCCCAUCACCGCCGAAAAUCCUAUCGUUCCACCGGGUCCGCCAGGUGAUCUUGAGGUGACAGAUGUGGACUCAGACAACGUGACACUGUCGUGGUCAAAACCACGCAAGACAGGUAGCGGAAAGAUCAGUGGGUACGUUGUUGAAUAUAAACCUGCGACAGGAGGUGAUUGGACUAAAGCCACCAGCGUAAGUGGCAAGGAUACCGAGGCAACAGUGAGUGGACUGAAUAAGGGUGAGAAGUACUUCUUCCGAGUCUCCGCUAAGAAUGAGGCCGGGCGCGGUGAACCUGCGGAGGUUGCAAGACCUGUUCUUUGCAAGCCAAAAUAUGACGCACCCGACGCUCCUGGCGUUCCCACAGUAAAGGAUGUGGACAAGGACUACGUGGAGUUGGAAUGGACCCCGCCAAUCAGGGAUGGUGGUGCUCGAAUCACGGGCUACGUGGUGGAGAAGAAACAAGCCGGUAGCAAUGAAUGGGUUUUCGCCACGGCUGACGGAAAGCCAGUGUCUGGCACCUCAGCAAAGUUGGAUGGUUUCACAGAAAAUGCUGACUACGAGUUUCGAGUUCGAGCUGUUAAUGCAGCUGGACCAGGAGAGCCAAGUAUUCCCACAGAGAUGGUUAGGGUCGCGAAGAAGAAGGUCAAGCCCGAUUCACCUGAAGACGUCACUCCUACAGAUGUAUUGGCCAAUUCCUGCACAUUGAAAUGGAAGCCACCCAAGAAUGACGGUGGAAGUCCUGUCAUGGACUACGUCGUCGAAAAGUGCGACGAGGCGGUUGGCACGUGGACACCCGUUCGUGCAUCUAUUCGUGAUAACUCCGUUACGGUGGGUGAUCUGGUAGAGGGAAAGCGUUACCUCUUCCGCGUCAGCGCUGUCAAUGCCAUCGGAAAAUCGGAACCUGCUGAGACGCUUACCUCCAUUGUUGCCAAAAAUCCAUUUGACGCUCCUGAUGCUCCAACCUCUGUGAAGGUGGUCGACUACGACCACAGUUCAGCGACAAUUGCAUGGGAGCCUCCCGAAAGGGACGGUGGCAAUCCCAUCAAAGGUUACCUCGUUGAGAAACGAGUGGGCAAGGGCGAAUGGGUAAAAGCACUGCCAAAUCUCGUGUCAGGCACUGAAGCAACUAUUCCCAAUCUGCCAUUUGGCAAGGAGGUGGAAUUCCGAGUUGCUGCUGUCAAUGACGGUGGUCCGGGUGACUUCUCUCGCGCCACCCUGCCUCAGCUGAUCAAAGAUAAAACAAGCCCUGCGGGACCUCCCGAUGGUUUAAAUGUGGACAAGAUGAACAAGAACGGCGCAAAGUUGUCGUGGAAGAAGCCUCGCAACGACGGUGGCUCACCAGUUACGGGCUAUGUGGUGGAGAAGCUGGACGAGAAGGGUGAAUGGACCCCAGUGAAACAGACCACAGAACCAGAGGCCUUCAUACCGAUGAAAGAGGGUGAGAAAACUCAAUUCCGUGUUCGAGCUGUUAAUGAGGAAGGUGAGGGUGAGCCCAGCCGUCCAACACCCCCGGUCACUGCGGAGAACCAACCCGCACCUCCACGCAUUAUAACACCAGCUGAUGGCGUACAAGGUGGACCCGGAUCUGGUGUUGGCGGUCUUCAGGACAUCACUAUUAAGGCAGGUCAAGAACUCCGAAUGCCAAUAGCCUGGUUUGGCCACCCACCACCGACAGCCACAUGGAUCCAGAAUGGUCAACCUGUUAAGCCUGGUGGAGAGCGGAAGAUUGCCAUGACAACGGAGCCGCAGCCACACCCCGUUGAACCAUUGGCUGGUGGACUUUUGGAGGAAGAACCGGGCGGCACCUCGGUGCUGCGUGUGCCUAAAGCCUCACGAGCAGACUCAGGCGAAUGGCAAGUAGUAUUGAAGAAUGACCUUGGACAGACGACCUCGUCGUGCAGAGUCGUGGUCAUUGACGUUCCCUCGGCUCCAUCUGGACCUCUGGAGGCGACAGAUGUGAAGGCAGAUGAGAUUUCCUUGAGCUGGAAGCCGCCGGAAGACAGUGGAGGCGAGCCAGUCACCAACUACGUUCUUGAGAAACGACCCAAAGGCUCUGGCGAGUGGCAAAAAGUCAGUGCAUUCAUCAAGACGCCUAACGCUACUGUUCGUGGACUGGAAGAGGGAGUGGAGUAUGAAUUUCGGGUGAUGGCAGAAAACGCCAUGGGACUGAGCGAGCCUCUCACCACGGAGAAGGCUAUCAAAGCCAAGCAUCCGUUUGAUCCACCCUCUGGAAUGCAAAAGCCAACUGUCGAGGAUACCACGGAGCAUUCUGUGUCACUUUCGUGGGAGCCACCACGAAAGGGACCGGUAACUGGCUAUAUCGUGGAGAAGCGGCUAAAGGGCGAGAAAAAUUGGGCAAAGGCGCAUUCAGGAACUAUAACCGGUUUGAAUACAACCCUUCGGGGUCUGCCCACAGACAAGGAAUUCCAAUUUCGAGUUGUGCCCAUCAAUCUUGCAGGACCAGGUGAACCUAGUGAACCGACAGAGAAUGUCAUAGUUCGAGAACCACCCACUGCUCCAAGGAUAGGUGAUUUGAAGAGGGAGAUCAAUGCGACACUGGGUGAACCAUUCAAGAUACAUGUGCCCUACACCGGCACACCUCCAGACAACGUGGCUCUCAUUAAAGAUGGCAAGCCAGUUAGCCUUCCAAGUGGUCGAUUCGUAUUGGAGGUCACUCCGGACGAAGUAAUUAUCACUGACUUGAAAGCGGAAAAGGAAGAUACUGGUCGCUAUGAGGUGGCACUUGAGAAUGAGGAGGGCAAGGAUCAAGUGGCUCUGCAGGUGAAUGUUAAGAGUCCUCCUGAUGCUCCUACUGGACCGCUGGAGGUCUCCGACGUCACUGCUGACGGUUGCAGGCUUAAAUGGAAACCUCCGAAAGAUAACGGAGGCUCACAAGUCACCAACUACGUUGUGGAGAAGCAGGAUCUGCAGACAGGCGAGUGGUUACCGGUGAGCAGCUAUGUGCGCGGGACCGAGUUUAAUGUAUCUAAUCUGGAUGAGGGCAAGCGCUACAACUUCCGAGUCAAAGCUGUCAAUGAAAAUGGUGUGAGCGAGCCGCUGGAGUCACAGACACCUAUUACAGCUACAAAUCCUGUUGUGCCUCCCAGUGCACCAAAUGGCCUUGAAGUGGCAGACGUUGAUUCAGAGGAGGUCACGCUGACAUGGAUGAAGCCGAGGAAGGACGGUGGCUCGAAGGUCACUGGCUAUGUGGUAGAGUACAAACCGGCUGGCAGUGAUGAGUGGAUCAAAGCGCCGAGCACGAAGGAAAUCACUGCGACUGUCCGUGGCCUAUGCAAAGGCGAGAAGUACGUGUUCCGCGUCAGUGCCAAGAAUUCGGCUGGUACUGGCGAGCCCAGUCAAGCUACCAGGCCUGUGCUCUGCAAACCCAAAUACGAUGCUCCGGACGCUCCCGGACAGCCUCACGUGGAGGACGUGGACAAGGACCAAGCUACGCUCUGCUGGUCCGCACCCCUUCGUGAUGGUGGCUCGAAACUUACAGGCUUCGUAGUGGAGAAGAAGAAAUUGGGAGACGAUGAUUGGAGCAAGGCGGCCGAUCUACCUCCAUCCGCUACAACGGCAACCAUCGAGCAGCUGGAACCUAAUGCAGAAUACGAAUUUCGUGUUCGUGCAGUUAAUGCUGCAGGCCCUGGUGAACCAUCCCUUCCAUCGGAACUCCGUAAAAUCGUACCCAAACAAACAAAACCAAAUGGUCCAGAGGAGGUUAAUGUCAAGAACGUUCUUGCCAACUCCUGUACUGUCGAGUGGACUCCACCGAGAUCAGAUGGUGGAUCUCCAAUCACUGGCUAUGCAGUGGAAAUGUGUGAUGAAGCUACGGGUGUUUGGACACCCGUCUCCAGGUCCGUCAAGGGCAACUCUGUGGAGGUUCCCGGACUCACUGAAGGUCAUCGCUACAAUUUCCGUGUGUCGGCUAUUAAUGAUCUGGGUCGUUCGGAGCCUAUGGAAACCCUACUCUCUACCCUUGCUAAAAACCCGUUCGAUAAUCCUGAUUCUCCCCAGUCCGUGAAAAUUGACGAUUACGACAGAGAUUCCGUGGUUCUCUCCUGGAAACCACCAGAUAGUGAUGGAGGUAACCCAAUAAAGGGCUACAUCGUGGAGAAACGCACACCCAAGGGUCAAUGGGUCAGGGCGACGGCUGGAAUUAUACCUGACACAACUGCAUCUUUGACAGGUCUUGAACCCGGACGCGAGUAUGAAUUCCGUGUCGCUGCUGUCAAUGAAGGUGGUCCUGGAGACUUCUCAAGACCUACUAUGCCUCAUCUCAUGCGUGAUAAGAUCGCUCCUGCGGGAUCUCCGGAUAGCUUGAACGUGGACAAGGUGAACAAGAAUGGCGCAAAGCUGUCGUGGAAGAAGCCUCGCAAUGACGGUGGCUCACCAGUCACGGGCUAUGUGGUGGAGAAGCUGGACGAGAAGGGUGAAUGGACCCCAGUGAAACAGACCACAGAAUUAGAGGCCUUCAUACCGAUGAAAGAGGGUGAGAAAACUCAAUUCCGUGUUCGAGCUGUUAAUGAGGAAGGUGAGGGUGAGCCCAGUCGUCCAACACCCCCAGUCACCGCAGAAGAUCAACCGAUGGCUCCACGCAUUGCCACUCCAGCAGAUGGACUUAUUGACAGUCCACGCUCUGGUAUUGGUGGUUUGAAAGACAUUACAGUCAGGGCCGGUCAAGAAAUUCGGCUGCCUGUGACUUGGUUUGGCAGUCCCACUCCUGUUGCUAACUGGACUCACAAUGACAAGCCCAUCAAACCAGAUGGUCUCCAUGUUAAAGCCACGACUGAGGAUGCGCCUCAUUCUGCAAAACCACUCCUUGGCGGCCAUCUGGAAGAAGAACCAGCUGGAACUUCUGUUCUUAUUAUUCAAAAAGCAAAGCGUGAGGACUCUGGCACCUAUGGAGUCACUAUUGAAAACCCCCUUGGACAGACGCGCAGCUCUUGCUCGGUCAUCGUACUAGAUGCUCCUUCUGCACCUGGAGGUCCUUUGGAAGCAGCAGACAUCAAAUCGGAUGAGAUAACGCUUAAAUGGAAACCACCUGAAGAUGACGGUGGUGAACCGGUUAAGAAUUACAUUUUGGAGAAACGAGUUACUGGCACUGACAACUGGCAGAAGGUUAGUGCCUUCCUCAACUCACCAGAAGCGACCGUUCGUAAUCUGGAAGAAGGAACGCCCUACGAGUUCCGUGUUAUGGCGGAGAACUCGUACGGAGUUAGUGAGCCACUGAUGACAACUGGUAGCAUUAAGCCAAAGCAUCCCUUCAACCCACCUUCCGGUAUGUCGGAACCAUAUGUCGAGGAUACGACAGAUGACAGUGUCACUCUAUCCUGGGAUACUCCCACACGUGGUCCAGUGUCUGGCUACAUUGUUGAGAAGAAACCGAAAGGUUCCCGUGAAUGGACCAAAGCCAAUCUGGGCAAUGUGACCGGCAACUCCUACACCGUGAAGGGUCUGCCCACAGGCAAGGAGUUCGAGUUCCGUGUAGUGCCUUACAACGCUGCAGGUAAUGGUGAACCAAGUGAUUCCACCGGUCUUAUCAAAGUACAGAAGCCUGUAGAGGCACCGAAAAUCUCCUACGAUGCACCCACCGAAGUCAAUACGGUCUUGGGUCAACCGCUCAAAAUCCGUAUUCCGUUCACUGGCUCUCCCCCUACCGAUGUUGAACUGGUUAAGGAUGGGAAGCCAGUGUCCAUACCGAAUAACCAUCUCAACGUGGAGAUCACACCUGACGAAGUUAUCAUAACUGCUCCUACCUCGGAGAAGGCUGAUACAGGUGUCUAUGACGUCAAAGUAGCCAAUGAAAAGGGCUCUGACCACAGACCAAUCAAAAUCAACGUCCUUUGUCCACCGGAUCCACCAGUAGGCCCGUUGGAUAUUAAAGAAGUCACUGCGAACUCGUGCAAACUGUCAUGGCAACCACCGGCUGCUACGUAUGGAUCGCCAGUGACGAAUUACGUCGUAGAGAAGCAGGAUGUUGCAACUGGUGAGUGGACACCAGUAAGCAAGUUUGUGCGUCAGCCAGAAUAUGAGGUCACAUCGUUGGAUGAGGGUAAAAAGUACAAAUUCCGUGUUUCGGCGGUGAAUGACUAUGGUGUCAGUGAACCCCUGGAAGCCGAUCGUGCCAUCACUGCGGUCGAUGAAGCCGUCGCACCGGACGCUCCACAAAACGUGGACGUCACCGAUGUUACGGAGGACAGCGUCUCCCUGGAGUGGACGAAACCACGUGGAACUGGUAGCAAGCGCCCCACGGGUUACGUCAUUGAAUACAAAACAUCGGACGGUGAAUGGACUAGAGCACCUGUUGGACAAAUUAAGGGGACUUCUGCUACUGUAAGCGGCUUGGAGAAGGGCAAACGCUACGCCUUCCGCGUAUCCGCCAAAAACGACGCUGGUAUUGGUGAACCCAGUCGUCCGACCCAGACUGUUGAAUGCAAACCGAAGUACACAACCUCCGGAAGCACCAGCAUGCCAGCAGUUGACAGCGUUGGUCGCGACUUUGUCAAUCUCUCUUGGACUCCGCCUAAACGAGAUGGUGGUUCGCGCAUAACUGGCUACGUUGUGGAGAAGCGUCCUCGUGGUUCUUCGGACUGGGUCCCCGCCACCGCCUCUCCAAUUAUCGGAACCUCGGCGAACAUUAGUGGGCUGCCGACUGGUGAGGAAUUCGAGUUCCGUGUUGUUCCAGUCAACGCUGCUGGUAAAGGCGAGCCCAGUCCCGCUACUCCGAUGACUAAAAUUGAGGACAAACGUGCCAGGGCAGCGGCCGACUUUAUUACCAAGUUGACACCAGCAUCAGCGGGUGUCGGAGGUACAGCAGAGUUUAUGGUCCAAGUUGAUGGCAAUCCUGCACCAAAAGUCCGCUGGCUUCGCAACGGUAUGGAGCUGAACCCGUCCAGCCGAGUAAAGAUCACCGGACCCGAUAAUGAUGGCAUGGCACGCCUGGUUCUGGAGGACCUCAAUGAGCACGACGGUGGUGACAUCACCUGUGAACUGGUAACACCUGUCAAUCGAAUCUCGUGUUCUGCGCCCCUAGAUGUCUUUGGUGCACCACGCGUCCAAGACGAGGUGCCGGAGCGAACUGCAGAGGAGGGCGAUCUGGUCAAAUUUAAGGUGCCAUACACUGCUAAGGGCAAUAUCUCCCUCAAACUGCGCAAGGAUGGUCGUGAUGUGCCCGAGUCAAGCACUGUCAAACUCAUGGACCUGGAUGGUGUGGCUUCCGUCCAAUUUAAAGACGUCGAUCGCGAUAUGGCUGGCAAAUACACCCUGGAUAUAUCCAAUGAAAGUGGAACGACCUCGGUACCGAUUGUUCUGAAAGUCCUUGGGGAACCUGACUUGUGUCAAGGACCACUGCAGGUUACCGACACGACGCCCUUCAGCACUCGUCUCUCGUGGAAACCACCACGUAACGACGGCGGUUCUAAGGUGACGCAUUAUGUAGUGGAGCGGCAGGAGGUUGGCAAGGAUAACUGGGUCAUGGUCCAAUCAGCUUGUACUUCACCCACCUCAGAGAUUCAGGGUCUCACAGAUGGUGCUAGCUACCACUUUCGCGUUGCACCUGUCAACGAUGUUGGUCAGGGACCCUGGCUCACUACAACCACUCCGAUUGUUGCCAAGUAUCCAUUCGAUAAGCCCUCAGCACCAGGUCCGGUUUCGGUCUCUGAUGUGGGAUCGAACUUUGUCAAUCUUACGUGGUCGCGUCCACCCAACGAUGGUGGUGGUCGGCUCCUCGGCUACUUUAUCGAGAAGCGUGAAGCUGGUGCACCCAAUUGGACCCGAGUGAACGUUAAACCCAUCCAAACCCUCUCCUACAACAUACCAAACCUCAUUGAGGACAAGUCCUACGAGUUCCGCGUGUUCGCUGUCAAUGAUGCUGGUGAAAGUCCACCCUCCAUUAUUGGCAGUCCGAUUCUUGUCAAGGAUCCGUUGAGCUGCGCUACUCCACAGCUGCUGCGAUCGUUGAAACCUAUCACUGUCAACGAGGGACGUGAUGUGGAAUUCGAAAUUGAGGUGGACUGUUCAUCGCCUUACGAGGUGACGUGGUACAAGGGCGAUCGUGAACUUGUACCAUCCCAUAGGAUUGACAUGUCCCGAGAGGGUCGCAUGUGCACUCUAACGAUUGCAAAUUGUCAAGGCGAGGAUACUGACGACUACAGUGUGAGGGUCUCUAAUCGUGGUGGCACAAAAUACAGUCGUGCUUCACUUGCUGUCAACACCAAACCCCAAAUUAAUCUACCAAGCCGCUGGCACGAGCCAACGGACUGGGAGCGUGGUGAUACUAUCCAAAUUAAAGCCCCCUUCGUGGGUUACCCAACACCUCGUGCUACCUGGAAACUAAAUGGAAAGGAGUUGCACGAGGGGAAGAAUGCGCAGAUGGAGAUGAAACGUCGCCACGCCAUCCUUACUCUCUCCAAUGUGAAUGAGAACACUACCGGCAAGGUGGAACUGAUUCUGGAGAACUCUAUGGGCAGCGACUCUGCCACCAUCGAUCUACGUGUCCACGACCGACCUCCGCCACCCUACGACGUUAAUGUAGAGGGCACUUCUGACGGAUGCGCCCUACUCUCCUGGAAGAUGCCUCCAGACUCGGGAUACGUCUCUGAGUACAUAAUCGAGCGAGCAGAGAUGCCGGGUGAUAACUGGAUCCGUGCUGGUAUCAGCCGCUUCUCCACCUACAACUGCGAAGGUCUACAAAAUGGCCAUGAGUAUCGAUUCCGCGUCUUUGCUGACAACCUCCACGGUCGCAGCGAUCCCAGUGAGCCCUCCGAACCGGUUUUGAUUAAGCCCGAGGAGAAGGCACGCAAUAAACAGAGGCGGAGACUUGGUGAUGGUGAACCCAGGGGCUCCUACGAUGGUCCACCAAUUACCGAUUAUGACAGAUUCUAUGAAGGUCUGUGGCGCAAAGGAGCUCCUCUACCGACCAACUUCAACUCCGGAAAUAUCUAUGAUUAUUACAACAUUCUUGAGGAAAUCGGCACCGGCUCCUUUGGAGUUGUACAUCGGGCUAAAGAAAAGGCGACGGGACGCACCUACGUGGCUAAAUUCGUGCCCACAUCUACAGAAGCGGAGCGAAAUGCCGUGAACAAUGAGGCGAACAUAAUGAAACAGUUAAACCACCCGAAACUGUUGCACCUUCACGAGGUCUUCUCUGAACCUAACGAAACUGCUCUGGUCCUUGAAUUUCUCUCUGGUGGCGAGCUGUUCGAUAGAAUCGCGGACGAUGGCUACACUAUGAAUGAGGCCGAGGUGAUCAAGUACAUUCGACAACUUCUCGAGGGUCUGCAACACAUGCACGAGAACCACAUUGUUCAUCUUGACAUCAAGCCUGAGAACAUAAUGUGUGAGACCAGCCGUUCUACAGACAUCAAGCUGGUUGAUUUUGGCCUCGCCACGAAACUGAAUCCACAGGAUGAGGUGCGAGUGAGCACUGCAACACCUGAGUUCGCGGCUCCAGAAAUAGCAGAUCACAAUCCUGUUGGCUUUUAUACCGAUAUGUGGGCUGUUGGUGUGCUCUCCUACAUCCUCCUCUCCGGUAUCUCGCCUUUCACCGGCUCCGAUACUAUGGACACCCUUCGCAAUGUCAGCCGGGCCUCUUAUGACUUCAGUGAUGAUGCCUUCCAGGAUGUCUCGGACAACGCAAAGGACUUCAUCUCAAAACUGCUCAUCAAAGCCCCUGAGAAACGUAUGAACGUUUUUGAAGCUCUGAACCAUCCUUGGCUCAACACCGAGAUUACGGAUGAUCAGCGGCGUCGCAUCCCAUCCAAACGCUACAAUGCAGUUCGUCAACAAAUGCAUGAGCGUAUUGGUGACAGUUGGGAUCGCAAGCCAGCUAUUGGACAUCUCUCGAAUUACAGCAGUAUUCGCCGCCUCAAACGCGAUGAUUACAAGAUUUACUCAACUCAUUUCGACCACCGCGAAGCCGGCCCCAGAUUUAUCCGUCAUCCCACCGGUCAGACAGUUAUCGAAGGCAACACCGCUCAAUUCGAUUGCCGUGUCAUUGGUGUCUCCGAACCCGUAAUCACUUGGGUGUACCGAGGCACACCUCUGAAUCAGAGUCUCAAGUAUAUGCAACGCUAUUCAGGUCACGACUACUCCCUUAAAGUUAGCCGAACAAAGAGAUCCGAGGAUGAGGGCGAGUACAUCGUCCGCGCGGAGAACAGCUUUGGCCGAAAGGAGAGCUCCGCCUACCUCACUGUUGAGCCUGUUCGGGAAACGACUCGAGAACCCUCCGUGAUGCCAAAGAAGAAGUUCGUUCUGAAGGAGUACGAGGUUAUUCUACCGGAAGAAUUCCCUCCGAGAUUUUCAUUAUCGUUGAGGAAUCGUUUUAUCCAAGAUGGGCAUUCCGUGAAACUCACCUGUACUGCUGACGGAAAUCCAUCUCCACAACUCACCUGGUUCAAGGAUGGACAUCAAAUAGAGCGAGGCGGAGACUACGACAUUCAGACAAUGUUGGGUAUCUCGUCGUUGGAGAUUUACAGUUGCAGCGAACAUCAUUCAGGCAAAUAUACCUGUCGGGCGAGCAACAAGCUCGGCGAGGAUGAGACUGUUUGCAAACUCGUUGUUGAACCGAACCGAGUGAGGCGCCUGCUGGCAUCGACAGCAGGUGUCAGGGGAAUGCGAGCUUCCAGCACGAUGCCCUAUCCUUCAACAACCUCGGAUACGUACAGAUCCACAUCCACCUGGCGUGAGUCAUCAAUCACGGGAGAUAGAAUGGUUACCACUACUACUACCACUACUACCACUCGCACCAGCUAUCGGUCAUCGGAGAGACGCUCGUCGGGUCUCCGUGAGGUCUCACCUCAACAGACGUCUCCCGUCCUGCAGAGCGCCAUUGAAGCACCUACCGACCUCUACGAAGGAGAUACACUUGCCCUGGAGGCACGAUUCCUUCCAGCGGAACCAAGUGCUAGCAUCAUUUGGAGUGUGAAUGGACAGGAGGUGACAUCGGACGGUCAUAUAAGCAUUAGAACUUCAAGCGAUGGUUGUCGAAGCACUCUCCGAAUCGUCGAUCUCACUCGCGAUGACUCGGGCAGUUACGAGUGCAAGGCAAUCAACUCCGCUGGUGUCGCAAGGACCAGAACCGAGUUCAGUGUCCGAAGAAAAAUGCAGUCCAUGCUGGAAGACGCAAAUUCUUUUGCUCCUAUGAACGACAUCUCUCUCACAGAACAAUUUGGAGAUAAAGAGGAGUCCUCACCUCUCAAUGAAGUUGUCGAGAACGGAGAACCCGUUGAUCAUGAAUUCGGUGAAGUUGACCAUGUGGACGAAGACGCCAGAGAUGAGCAAUCUAGCUUCAAACCCGAAGUGCCCAUCUUGUUGCGUCAACUCCAGGGCCAGAUUGUUGAGUUGGGUGUAGGAUCGGCAACCUUCAGUUGCGAGUUCAAAAAUGCUACCGGAGUCGGGUGGUCCUUCAAUGGGAAGGUGCUAGCACCGGAUGACAAGUAUGACAUCACCAUGAAGGGUAGUGAGGUCAUACUUACUAUCAAGGACGUUGAACUCGAGGACUCCGGCAUCUACGUAUGCUAUGCUGUCAAUACCGAUGGCCGUGUUACAACUGUGGGAUACCUCUCUGUCAGGGACCCGCAAAAUCCCCUUCCUGGGCCACAAUUCCUCUCCUUCCCGAAGUCAGUAAUGACCACCGCCGAUCGCCCAAUUGAACUGGAAUUGAUGCUAUGCCAGAAUGAAUUGGAGAUGGAGGAGGCUCAACCAGUCAUCUCCGAGGACGGAUUGUCGGCAAAGAUUUCUCUUCCCGGAGGUGAAUUAAUUCCAGCCGACAGUGGAAAAUACGCCAUAAUCGCUCAGAAUGCCGAAGGGGAGCAUUCGGAGUGGUGGAUCGACAUUCAGGUCAAACCCGCAGCCAAAUUACCCUAG